UCUUUGGAAUUUCCGUUAUUUGAACAGAAAUCAGCUACACCAUACUAGAGACACGUACAUCACAAUUAUAGGGGAAAUAUUAGCUUUCCUGUUUACAGCUGUGGUUUUUACAAAUUUGAAUCUAACUCCUAAACCAUCUCACAGCUUAUUUUCUGUGUUUUAUCAGUCAAUGCAGAAAAACACAGUAGGAACUGAAACACAUGCUAAUUGCAUCAUAGAGCUGUUGCUCCUGAAAGCCUGACCUGUAUUUUUCAAAUGAACACCAAGCUUACUUUACAUUUUAUCACGCCACUCUUUAUAACAAUUCAGGAUUCAGCACCACAAGCGGAAGAAGAGUUAAAAACAUCCCUGAUUCUGCCAGGAGCUUUUAGCUGUUCUCUCUCACUGGCCGUGUGCCCCUUCUUAAAAAAAACAAAACCCUGCAGUACAUAUGCUUUCUACAGCACCUUACCCGGUAACCAGAGACACAUACCACCUGGCUGGUACAUAAAACAAGAGACUCCGAGAAAGUGGGACCUUCCAGUGAAGACAACAGCAAGGCUCCCAGAGAUGGGAGACCAAAGGGCUAUUUUAGCUGCCAAGGAAGGAGACUUGCCUAUGUUGGAGCAGCUGCACAUCGAUGGUACUCUGGACCAGAACAUCACUGACUACUUGGGAGCAGGCCUGGUGCAUCAUGCGUCACGAGCAGGCAGGCUGGAGUGCCUCAAGUUCCUGGUACUGCAAGCAAAGCUUCCUGGGAAUCAGAGAGCAAACAAUGGUGCAACCCCAGCACAUGAUGCAGCAGCCAUGGGCAACUUGGCUGAGCUGAAGUGGCUGAUCAAAGAUGGAGGCUACAGCAUGCAGGAGCAAGAUGCUUCAGGGGCUUCUCCCCUCCACUUAGCUGCUCGCUUUGGACAUCCAGAGGCCAUUGAGUGGCUGGUCCAGGCAGGCUUUGACACUGCGAUGAAGACAAGGGAAGGUGCCGUGCCAGCUCAUUAUGCAGCAGCUAAGGGUGAUCUCACUUGCCUCAAACUGCUGGUUGCUGUGGACCACAGUUGCGUGAACAAGCAAACUCAGAGUGGAGCUACCCCGCUGUAUCUUGCCUGCCAGGAGGGCCACCUGCACAUCGUCCAGUUCCUGGUGAAGGACUGUGAGGCUGAUGUGCACCUGAGAGCACAUGAUGGCAUGACAGUGCUCCACGCAGCUGCCUGUAGUGGUCACUACGCUGUUGUCGUCUGGCUGGUUACCUUCACUGAUCUCGGCCUCACAGCACAGGAUGCAGAAGGAGCCACUGCACUCCAUUUUGCUGCCAGAGAAGGACAUACUGCAAUUGUUGACAGACUCCUCCUUAUGGGAGCUAACUUGGUGCUGGACCAUUGGGGAGGAACCCCACUCCAUGAUGCAGCUGAGAAUGGGCAUCUCGAGUGCUGUCAAACCCUGAUCUCCCACCAAAUAGAUCCAGGCAUCCAUGACAGGGAUGGUUACACUGCGCGAGACCUGGCAGAAUACAACGGACACAGGCAGUGUGCAUGUUACCUACAGGAAGCAGAGAAGCUGAUCCAGCAACCAAUGAGACCUCUUCAACCAGAUAUGAGUGCUGCAUCAAAUAUGCAGAAAAAAGAUAUUAGUAGCACUGGAGAACCUGCCUUACAGGGUUCCCAGUUUUUCAGAAAGAGCCUACGUGAUUCCACUGUGUUUGUCUUUCUUCCAGCUUCAAAAUCGUUCAACAUGGUGAAACCCACUGAAUCAAACAAAUCACUGAUACCCGAGCUGAAGAUCAAUAAAUCUCUGCAGAAGGCGAGAAUCACAGCGUUGUUCUCAAGCUCUGGUGAGAAGAGAGAGACGCCAGAUGCUGCAGUACCAGGCAAACUGCUCUCAAUGCUGGAUGAGCUAGGAACAUCGGACAUUGAUGCCUUGGUGCCUACUCAUGAUGAGCAAGGUUGUUCAAUUCCAGAGUGGAAGCGGCAGGUGAUGGUGAGGAAAUUACAGGCGCAGCUGGCAUCUGAAGAAGGGAUGGGCAGGAAGAACAAGGAAAGUUGCCCACUGGAGAUGGAUGACUGGCAAUAUUCUCAGUCUUACAAUGCCAUCCUGGGCCCUUUUGGGGAAUUACUCACUGAAGAUGACCUGCUGUACUUAGAGAAGCAGAUUGAGAAACUGCAGAUGAAGAAGAAAUGCCAGGAGUAUGAGAGUGAGCUAGGACGCUUGACAGAGGAGCUGCAGACUGUUCUCCCUGCUCCCGUCGUCAAUAUCACAGUCAACCGUCAGUUUCUGCAACAGGGCUCAGAGGAUGGCAGCCAGGAACUCCCUGCCUGGUGCAGUCAUGUGUCUGGACUGGUAAAAAGCAUGUCCUUGCUGCUCACCAAUGUCAAUGGCAUGAAAAAAGCAGAUAACGAGAAGCCAGUUGUAAGGGAUUCUCAUAAGUCAAGCAAGACCAAGUGUAUUUCAGGUGGCACUAUCAAGAGAGAAAUCCUGGAGUGUGGUGUCUCUGUCAGGAAUCUGAGGGGCAAUUUUGAAAAGCAGGAUCUUUGGAGACAAGACAAAGCUUUUGAGCAGCGAGGGUUGAAUCCCAUGCCCUGGGAACAUGGGACAGCCAAGGAGUCAUCCCCUCAAAUGUUUCUAGGUACCUGUAAAAACAAGAAGCAAUUGGUUUGUGAGGAGCAUGAGUUUGGAGACACGGAGAAUGCCAGUGAUUCUGGCAUCAGCUGUGAGGGAGCCUCCUCUGUGAGUGGUUCUUGCGUCUCAACAGCAGAGUCUAGCAACCUCCGAAAAGAGCGCAUUGUGCUUCUUUUUCUCAGUCACUGGAAGAAAUCUGCCUAUACGCCUUCCUUGAAACUCAUGGCCAGGAGGACUCUUGACACCCAGCUGCCUGGGAAAAUGGGAAUGGUAGACGUGAUGGCAGAGCUCAAGAAACAGCAGCCCCCAAUGCAGAAGCCCUUGAUGGAAAUGAACAGGCUUGGCCAUUUAGUUCAACAGAGAUACACUAUCAAGAAUCUGAUCAGUCACUGGAAAGACAUCAUCUCCCUUGUACCAUCUCGACAGAUCAGGCGCCUCAAUCACCGGCAUGCAAUCUAUUCUCCAGAACAAUUCCUGCCAUAUGUCAAUGGAGAGCCUAUUGACUACAGUAGCUUAACUCUUGACCUGUUUAUGCUCGGCUAUUUCCACAUCCUAGAGCUGGACCUCUCUCCAGAAGAACGUAAGGCUAGGCAUCUCCUUUGCUUCGAAGUUUUUGACCACUUGGGUGGGCAUCGGUGGGAAACAGUGCGGGCCUUCCACAAAGCAGUGAUUGAUGAGAUUGCUGCAGGCAAAAGAAGCUGGAAAGACAGUUUUGAGGAUAUUAAGAAGCAAUUUUUUGGUAAUAACAAGGACCCAACUGUGAACAUGGAAAUCAAAAGAUCACCAGUGGAAACAAAUCUGAAACCAAUACCCAAAACAAGAGUCCCAAGCAUCUCUCUGGAGGAGGGAGACUCUGCCCCUGGAAAAUGCUUUGAACUAGACACCUUUAGCAAUGAUGAGAUCUGCAGGUAUAUAAACAGGAGUUUUGCUUUCUGGAAAGAAAAAGAAGCAGAGAUCUUUAGCUUAGAGGGGUGAGGAUCUUUACAUUAACAUUCCUUAUUUG